GAAGCGGGAGCCGCCUCCUUUUUUCCCUUUCCUGCGGCGGCCGGCUGCGCAUGCGCGAGGCGGAGGAGCGGCGAGUGCGGAGCGGCGAGUGCGAGGCGAGAGGAGUGCGCGUGCGCACUGCGGGCGGGGUUGCAGCAGGAGCGCGGCGGCGGUUGAGUUUCCAUAACAUCUGAUCCACCAUGGCUGAUGACCUUGACUUUGAGACUGGCGAUGCCGGGGCCUCCGCCACCUUCCCCAUGCAGUGCUCCGCUCUCCGCAAGAACGGCUUUGUGGUGCUCAAAGGGCGUCCCUGCAAGAUUGUGGAGAUGUCCACUUCCAAGACCGGAAAGCACGGUCAUGCCAAAGUGCAUCUUGUUGGCAUAGACAUCUUCACUGGGAAAAAAUAUGAAGAUAUCUGCCCUUCAACCCACAACAUGGAUGUGCCCAACAUUAAGAGAAAUGACUUCCAGCUUAUUGGGAUCCAGGAUGGGUACCUCUCCCUGCUCCAGGACAGCGGAGAGGUCCGAGAGGAUCUGCGCCUUCCUGAGGGGGACCUGGGCAAGGAGAUUGAACAGAAAUAUGACUGUGGCGAAGAAAUCCUGAUCACUGUAUUGUCUGCAAUGACCGAGGAAGCUGCUGUUGCUAUCAAGGCCAUGGCUAAAUAAAGGAACCACAGGGCGGCAGCAGCAGCAGCAACAACAGCAGCAGCCCCAACUUGUUAUGAACCAGAGAGGAUCGCAACCCGCAGGCUGUCAGAUUUCGCUCCAAACCACCCAGAUCUUUUUUUUUCUCUUCCCCCUCCUUUAAAAAAAAAGAAAGAAAAGAAAGCAGAACCUUCCACUCUCCCUUUUGAAUUAAACAAAAGAAAAGAAACUUUUUAUUUUGUGGUCUUUUUAAAGGAAAAAAGAAAGCAAGCAAGCAGGAUGCUAAUGUUAUUUCUUUAUUAUUAUUAUUAUUAUUAUAAUAUUAUUUUUCUUCUUGUUUGGCCCUCCGACCCCCUCCCCUCUCUUGGGUGCUAGUGACACUACAGCUGUUUUCUGGUAAGAGAAGUUGAGAAUUUGCACUUAAAGGAAAAUAUUUAAACUGCUAGAAGGAGGAAAAACAAAACAAAACCUUUGCAAAAGACUCAUGUUUAAUUUUUUUAGUUCUAAUGCUUCUAUCUAGAGGUGGUGGUGUUUGCUUGUGGGGUGGGGGGAGGAACUGCCCUUUUUCAGGAAUGGCGAAGUGAGCAAAGUACUGUGGCGAAUUGCAGAGUCGCGCGCUUUAACCCCCUUCAGGUGUGUCUUGUCCUUGUGAGUGUUCCUUGUCGAGGCAGGAGAGGGCAAGUACAGCUCCCUCCCCACUCCCCCCAAAAACGGUGGUUGCAGCAAUUUGGUCAAUUCUAUUGGACAGCAUCCUUUCUUGUGCUUCGAGGUUAUAUCCAUUCAGUGUAUUUUCUUUUGGGGAUGGCUGCUCUGGUCGCUCAGCUUGCUUAACCCCUCCUUCUUUCCAGUCCCUUCUGGAACACAUCUGACCAUUGCCUCUUACCUGGACAGAGCAGGGGUGAGGGGUCCCUGCCAGGCAUGGAGCAGAGCGCUCUCUCUCUCCCGCUGUGUCUCCAAAGUGGCCCCCGAAUCGCCCCUGGCUGUUUGGCAAAAGACGCACACCCACCUUCGGCUCCCAUGCCACCGGAGCCUGGGGUCCCUGUCAAUCAUGUUUUAGUUCCUUCCCCCCCCUCCAGUGCUGUAGUUGCCUCUGAGCCCUUGGCGCUAGCCACUCGCACGCCUCCCCCCUCCAUACAGAGUAAUUGUAUCCCCACCCAAGAGCUGUUCAAGGUAGGGAUCUUCUGGGGGAACAACUAGCACCCCAAACUGUUUCCUUCGUUCAUAUUUACUCUCUGCUGUUCACAGGCCAGCGCUGUGGCUUCCUUCUCCUCCUCCUCCUCCUCCUCCUUCCCCUCCUCUUUCUCCCCCUGUUAAUCCAACACAUUUGUUAAUCAACCUCAAAUAAAAGAAAACAAGUUUAAUAUGAAAA